CGAAGCCUCGAUUCUCACCUUGGUUGUAGACACAGAAUGCUCAUCACCGGUCUCUUGCAGAACUGCCAGGAGCGCCUGGAGGCGCUCCCUCCUCUUCCUUACGUCCUCUGCACGCUUUCCCUUGCCUACCUAGCUUUCCACCUGCUGUCAAAUUUCUUCCAACCCGGUCUUGUGGACAUACCCGGUCCCUUUGCUGCUAAAUUCACUGACCUGUGGCGUCUGUACAAGGUCUGGCAAUGGCGCUUCAAAGAAGAUCUCCCAGGGCUACAUGCGGCCCACGACUCGACCCUCAUACGAAUUGGCCCACGCAUGGUCAGUUGCUCCGACCCUCGAGCUGUAGAUCUAAUCUACGGUUUCCAUACGGAAUUUAAAAAGUCGGACAUGGUCAAGGCCAUGGCGCCUGUCUACAAAGGCAAGAAGCAGCCCACGAUGUUCGCCGCCGCCGAUAAUACAACUCAUGCGCGCAUUCGCAAGCCAGUUGCUGGCGCAUAUGCCAUGACCAGCAUCUUGCAGUUCGAACCCUACAUGGAUAAAAAUAUUGAACUAUUCUACAAAAGAAUAGACGAGUUGUUUAUCAGGCCUAAGAUUUCUUGUGAUAUCCACAACUGGGUGCAAUACUUCGCCUUCGAUGUCGUCUUGGAGAUGACCAUGAGCCAAAACCUGGGGUUCAUGAAGGCCGGUGGUGAUGUGGAUGGCGUGUUGAAACAAUUGCAAAAGGAUCUGGACUAUCGCGGAAUCGCUUUGGCAAUGCCGAUAAUCGAUCGCAUAUGGCGGCUGAACCCCAUCAGUAGAUUUUUCAAGCCUAAACAGUCGGGUCACUUUGCCAUGCGCUGUAAGCGUAUCCUCGAAGAUCGCAUCGAAUAUGAGAAGUCCCUGGAAUUCGAGACACGGCAACAGCACGAUCAAACGCCGCACGAUUUCGCUCACCGGUUUCUGGAGGCACAACGUAAAGAUCCGACCAUCUCCGACGGUCAGUUGAUUGGCUACAUGCAGGCCAAUCUCAUCGCCGGCAGUGACACCACCGCGGUUGUAAUGCGUACGGCUAUCUACUACGCACUCAGACAGCCCUGGAUUCUUAAGCGUAUUACAGCUGAGUUGGACGGCUACCAUGGCCCACUGCCAGUGCCAUUUUCCAUUGCCCGUUUCGAGCUCCCCUUCUGUGGUGCCUUGGUGCGCGAGGCUUUGCGCAAACACUUUGCCUUCAUCGGUAUGAUGGAGCGUGAGACGCCCCCCGGUGGCGUCACCCUUCCAGAUGGCCGGCGACUACCUGGCGGGGUUGUUAUCGGCAUGCAUGGUGACAUGAUUGGGCGUGAUCGAGUCAUAUUCGGCGAUGAUGCGGACGAAUUCAACCCUCUACGCUGGCUGAUGCGGCCGGGCGAGACGGACACCGAAUACAAGGAACGACUGCGUGCCAUGAACGCACACGACCUGGCGUUCGGGCAUGGACCACGCGGGUGUAUCGGGAAGCACGUGGCGGAGAUGGAAAUUUAUAAGUUCAUUCCGACAUUUUUUGCCUUGAUGCAGCCUCAAUUCACACGACCCGAACAGCCGUGGACUGUUCGUCAGCUGUUCAUCUUCAAGCAGUCCGGAAUGGAUUUGAUACUGGAAUGGCGGCCGGGCAAGGGGCUACACAGUUUAGUCUAGCGUGACACAGAGUUCAACAAACUUUUGUAGGAAUUACUUCAUAAAACUACUUGAGCG